UUGUAUAAAUUGGUGUUGACUGCCCGUCUCUGAGUCCAUUGAUUUACAAACCGCAGCAAGAGCCAUUAGCAGCCCUCUGCUGACACACUGCAAACAGUAAUGAAGCUUUUGCUGAGUUUCUUAGCACUUACUAUAUUGUUUCUGUUCACAUACUCUGCUCCCCCAACGUGUUACUCAAGAGUGGUCAUUCUGAGCAAAGAGAUCACAGAAUCCUACAAAACUCUGCAGAGAAUUCUACCUGCUGGACCAUGCGUGGAAUCUCUUCCAACAACUCUGUACCUGGAUGAAGAUAAUUCAUGUGUAAUGACAAAACUGCGUAACUUUGUCUCAGCUCCAAACUGUGGAAGACUACCAAGGGUAACGACUUUAAUGAACAAAGCCAGAAAUCUAUACAAUAUUAUGAACACAGCUUGUAAAAGAGACUUGUUCUUCUUUACUAAUGACUGUGAAGCUCUUGAGCACUUGCCAACUCCGACACCCACUUCAGUCAUUUCAAGAUAG